CAAAAUCAGCAGCGGAAGAACCAGGAGAACAUUUGUGGUUGAGAAGCAAUUUGCUAUUCAUCUACACAUCAAUUCAUCCAUUGGACGUGUGUGUAUGAACUCUACUAUCAAAAUGAAAGGCAUCCAACUUCUCGCUGGUCUUCUGCUUUUCCUCUUUGUUCAAAACAGCAUGUGUGCCCCGUUGCAAGAAGAAAACACAAGCACAGAGACAGUAGAAAGUCUUCUACCAAGGGGUCAAGAUUUCACAACCGUAAAGAGGCAUUCUGAGGGGACGUUCUCGAACGACUACAGCAAAUACCUGGAGACAAGGAGGGCGCAGGACUUUGUUCAAUGGCUCAUGAAUUCAAAGAGAAACGGUGGUCCAGCUAGACGUCAUGCUGAAGGAACCUACACCAGCGAUUUCAGUUCCUACCUGCAAGACCAAGCGACCCAGAACUUUGUCGCCUGGCUAAAAUCUGGACAGCCCAAACAAGAGUAGGCUUCCACGCUUAGUUACACCUCCAGUGCCUUAUAGAGUGUGAAAGUAAUGGAAAUAAAGAAUGAGAGUGUGUGUGUGUGUGUGUGUGUGAGAGAGAGCAUAAUGACCGAAUUGAUUGCUUAAUAACUUUUACUCCUCCUUGACAUCUGUCUCUUUUCUAACGCACCCUGUCCGAACCUACUGCAAAAAACUAACGCUAAUAAAUCUAUCUGAAACCAGCUGUCUGGUUAUCUUUC